AUGGCAGUGGAGAUGCUGCAUGAACUGCUGGUGUAUGUGCCGGCAGACAAUCCAGAACUUCAGGCCCUGGUGACCUCAGUUCGUGACAAGUUUGGCAAAGCAGUCGACAACUGUGCGGUUCCAGUCUGGCCAGCAGCAGCCAUCGCGGCAUCCCAACCUGCAAAGGCUGUCGUGCAUGCAAGGUUCUGCAGAUCUGUGCACCUGGCGGCAGGCCUCUGCUCAUUUUGCGACAUCCUGCCAUCCAAAUUCCUUCAAAGCAUGGUGCUUGAGACACUCAUUGGCAGACGGCUGGUCGCCCACCUGCGGGGUGGCUUCAGCAACGUUGCUGCAACAACAGCGAAGUUGGCCAUUUUGGUGGACAUGAUGCCUUCUGACUGGUUUGGCUCAGGCAUCCCAAAGGAAGCUGCAGGCCUGCACGAGCUGCUGUCGUCCUUUGCCCGUCACCUCGAGGGUCAGCGCGUAGAGGCGCUUCGGCACAACAAGGGCGAGGUGACUGCAAGUGCGCUCAGGCUGGCCUCCAUGCUGUCCAAGGUUGGGGACGAUCAACUCAGCAAGCGGCUUGCUCGCAUGUUUGGUGGGGACAGGUGA